CGAGAACGGGCUUCCAUAGCUAACGGUGGGAGACUGGUGGACCCGCCCACAUUAUGAAACGUCAUCACGUAUGCGCCAUUACGUUGAUCGUUCUAGCAAGCAGCGAUCCCCGUCAGUUUCCUGACUUGUGCAGGGGCAGUUAGAUGAUAAGGCCACCAUGGUGCUGAACCCUGUCAUUUCCAAGCUUGCUGGUAAACUGGUCGUGCUGGCAAGUGCUUCUCCUAGGAGACUGGAGAUUCUCCGCAAUGUGGGCUUUCAGUUUGAGGUUGUACCAUCCUGGUUCAAAGAAACUCUUGACAAGGGACUUUUCAAAGCACCUCACGAGUAUGCUGUUGAAACAGCCAAACAGAAGGCCCUGGAGGUGGCCAGGAGGAUGCCCUUUAAUCACCUGAAGACUCCAGACAUAGUAAUCGGAGCAGACACUAUAGUGACUGUAGAUGGCAUGAUUCUGGAGAAGCCAGUAGACAAACGUGAUGCUUACAGGAUGCUGUCAAGCUUGAGUGGUAAAGAGCACAGUGUCUUCACUGGUGUAGCUAUUGUCCUCUGCCAUGAGAAAGAAAAUGAAGAAGUGGAUUACCAGUUAAUUGACUUCUACGAAGAAACAAAGGUGAAGUUUGCUGAUCUCUCAGAAGAAAUGCUGUGGGAGUACAUCAAUAGUGGUGAACCCAUGGACAAGGCUGGCGGCUAUGGUAUUCAGGCUCUCGGUGGCAUGCUAGUGGAAUAUGUCCAUGGAGACUUUCUCAAUGUUGUGGGUUUCCCCCUUAACCACUUCUGCAAGCAGCUGGACAUUAUUUACAACCGUUGUACUUCCUCCUUGGACCAGGAAAGUCUGCCUGGCUGCCUGAGCCACAACGGCACUCACACCACCUCAAUACUCCCUCAGCCUCCACCCAACCCACCAGCUCUGUCUCGCCACAGUCCCAAUUCUUCAGCCAAGCACAACCCCUCACCCUGCCCUUCUGCCAGUCCCGUCCCUAAGGUGAAAAAGAACAACAGUGAAAGUUCAUGGACGCUGGUCAACAGCCUGUCUAAACAUACAGAUGAUAGAGAGGCUGAGUUCCAACACUCUGAGAAUACAACAUUAUCACUGAUGACCAGUAGAGGGCAGGUGACUGAGUUCAAUGUGACGGAGAAGGAGGAUAGUGAACUCCCAGUAAAAAAAGAAGACUUGCAGCAAAUCAUUGAAUUGAUGGAUGGAUUCAAAGCCUCAAAGGUACUCUUCACUGCAUCCAAGUUGUGUGUGUUCGAUGUGCUACAAAGCAGGCCAGGACUGGAUGCAGAGCGGGUAGCUCAGGAGAUUAAAGCCUCUGUGAAGGGGACUGAAUGCCUGCUGGAAGCCUGUGUGUCUCUGGGACUGUUGAAGAGCAAAGCGAGAACAUGCCAGAAGCCAGUGUACGAGAACGCAGCUCUUGCCACUCGUUUUCUGCUGUCAGAUGCUCCUUUUUCGCUGCAGGGCUACAUCAAGCAUUGUAACGACACAGUGUGGUCUCUCUUUUCUCACCUUGAGAGUGCUGUGCAGGAAGGAACCAACCAGCACGAAAAGGCUUUUGGCAAGAAAUCUAAGGAUAUGUUUCAGGAUACUUUCUACAACAGUCAAGAAGUGAAACUGAGAUUCAUGAGUGCCAUGCACAGCAUUGCUAAAGUUACAGGAAAAGCUGUAGCAACAGCCUUUGACCUCUCUAGUUUUAAAACUGCCUGCGACCUUGGAGGAUGCACUGGGGCCAUGGCCUAUGAGUUUACGAAAGCCCACCCUGGGUUAUCUGUGACAGUAUUUGAUUUGCCAGCUGUUGUUGAGAUGAGUGAACAUUUCCAUCCUCUGCACACAGACAACAGGGUAUCAUUUGUUGCAGGAGACUUCUUUAAAGAUGAGCUGCCCAAAGCAGACUUGUACAUCCUGGCGAGAAUUCUCCAUGACUGGCCUGAUGAGAGAGUGCAUAUUCUGCUGAGUAAAAUCGCGGAUGUGUGCACACCAGGCUGCGGACUUCUGCUAAGUGAGAUCUUCCUGAAUGAAGACAGAAGUGGCCCAAGUCGUGGGUUGCUCCAAGCCCUCAGCAUGAGCGCGGGGAAACAGAGGAGCACUACAGAAUACAGUCUGCUUUUGAAGAGCCAUGGUUUCAUAACAGCCCAUGUCAGACAUACAGACAACCUCCUGGAUGCUAUGCUCUGCAUCAAAGCGUGACUGACACCCUCAGCAACACUAUAUGGAUGUUCUUGUGAUACAUACUGAUGUGCAGUGCUCAUAGCUGAAACCAUGUUGGAUGGACAGACACCCUACUCAGCUCUGCAGUCUUUAAACAUGCUUGCCCAGACAGAGAGCCAGUAUGCAGACUUGCUGAGCAAGCAUGGAUUUGGGGACACACGGGUGGUUCACACUUUGAACUUCCUUGAUGCUUUUUUGGCCAUUAAAAAGUAAUGUGAAUCAUGCACGCAAGUAA